AUGGCUGUCGGCGAAGAUAUUGCGUCCAUGGUCACUGUGACUAAUGUGAUUUUGGGUCUGGUGGCCUACGUCGUGCUCAAAUUCGUCUAUCAAAUUGUCUACUACCACUUCUUCCACCCGUUGGCCAAAUUCCCCGGCCCGUUCUGGGCCGGAGUGACCAGACUCUGGAUCGCAUGGCAUAAUCUGCAGUCGACGGAGCUCCAGACCGUCUACGACUUGACCAAGAAAUAUGGCCCCGUCGUCCGAAUCACCCCCACGCUGCUGCUGGUCAGCGACCCCAAGAAACUCCCGGAAAUCUACCAUCGCAAUGCAGACAAGACAGGUCACUACAUCACCGGAUCUUUCGGCGAAACCGAAUCGCUGUUUAACAUGCGCUCGCACAAGACCCACGCCGCAUAUCGGAAGCACAUCGCGGGUCCGUACAACUUCACCAACGUGAAGAGAAUGGAGCCACUGAUCGACAUCCGACUUGAGGAUUGGAUCCAGAGACUCGAUGACACGUUCGCCCGCACGGGUGCCAUCUUCGACUUCUCCUGGUGGGCAGUCUAUAUGGCAUACGACAUCAUCAGUGAGAUCGGCUUCGGCGCCCCCUUCGGCUUCAUCGAGCAAGGCCAAGACGUCGGCGGCUUGAUUCAAGGUUUCCACGACGGUCUCCCGGCAUUCGGGCUCCUCGCGCGUCUCCACCCGUUUACCAGCUGGGUGAAAACAACCUUCUUGAAGAAAUACCUCGUCGCCACUCCGCAGGAUGACUCGGGUAUCGGCGUUCUCAUGCGCUUCCGUGACCGACUCGUCGACCAGCGCUUACGCAACAUCGAACAAAAGAAGGACAUCGGGCGCAUUGACCUACUACAAACGUUCCUCGAAGCACGAACGGAAGAGGGCCAGCCCCUAGACAUGGAGUACAUCAAAGCCGAGGUUCUCCUCGUCCUGCUCGCCGGUGCAGACACCACCGGGACAGUCUUCCAAGCCCUAGUCCACAACCUCAUGACCCACGCCGGGGCUUACGCCCGCAUGAUGGCGGAGAUCGACACCGCCGUCCGCGACGGCCUCAUCAGCCCAAUGCCCCAAUACAGCGAGAUCGUCGACCACCUGCCCUAUUACGUUGCCUGUGUGCGCGAGACCUUGCGUCUGAACCCGCCCGCACCGAACAUUUUCCCGCGCUAUGUCUCCGAGCCGGGCAUCCAUCUGUGCGGGAAAUUCGCGCCCCCCGGGACGGAAAUCUCCGCCAAUCCGUGGAUUGUGCAGCGAGACCCGGAGGUGUUUGGUUCCGAUACGGAUGAGUUUGAGCCUGAGAGGUGGUUGGAUGCGGAGCGCGCGAAGGUCAUGAACAAGCAUAUGCUUACGUUUGGGUACGGGGCUAGGGUUUGUCUGGGGAGGGACAUUGCUAUGAUGGAGCUGUUUAAGGGACCGUUGCAGUUCUUCCGUCAUUUUGAGACCAGACCGGUCCAUGGAAAGCCGUCUCCUAGGUUUGUGAUUAAGGGAGGCGUGGGCUUUUGGAGGGAUAUGUGGGUUACCAUUCAGAAACGGGCAGUGGAGAAGGUGUUGUAA